AUGCCAGAGAGAAUCAACUUGACCCAACUCCCAAAUUCCUGAUAUCUCUUCUUCAUCGUCCUCACAUAGCCUCUCUUUCGAGAGGCCAAACCCUAACUUUCAAAUACUCCAUCGAGACUAUUUGUUUCCUUAAAUUUACAUUUUCCAACUCAUUCACUCUCUCUCUUAGGGUUUAGAUAAAGAUCGUCAUGCAUAGAUCUGAUUCAUCUCAGAGAUUUUUCUUAAGGUGAUAUUGUUGUUGUUGCGUAAUCAGUUGAUGGGUAGGGAUAAGGAUUUGUCGAGGUCGCCGUCGUACCGGCGAAGGUAUUCGCCGUCGCCGGCACCGGUGCGGGACAGGUAUAGCAGGAGGAGUAGAAGAGAUAGAAGCCGAUCUCCAUAUUCUUAUAGCAGACGAAGAAGUCGUUCAAUCUCCCCUCGACGCCGCAAAAGUCCUUCCCCAACUCCAAGACGCCGUAAGAGUCGCUCUCCUACACCAAGGCAUUAUAAGAGACAAACAAGUAUUAGUAAUUCAUUGUCUCCACCUAGUAAAUCUCACAGUCCAAGUAGCGGGUCAAUUGAGCGCAAAAAUGCCAUUGAAAAACUGAGAAAAGAAGAAGAAGAGAAGAAAAGGCGUCAACAGGAGGCAGAAUUGAAUCUGAUAGAAGAAGAAACUACAAAAAGAGUGGAAGAAGCAAUACGGAACAAAGUCAAAGAGAGCUUGAACUCUGAGGAAAUCAAGCUGGAAGUACAGAGACGAUUGGAGGAAGGUCGGAAGAAACUUAUUGAUGUGGUUGCAGCUCAACUUGAGAAAGAAAAGGAAGUUGCUCUUAUUGGAGCGAAACAAAAGGAGGAACAAGCUCGAAAAGAGAAAGAAGAGCUAGAGAGGAUGCUUGAAGAGAACAGGAGGAAGUUGCAAGAAGCUCAGAUGAGAGAAGCAUUAGAGCAGCAACGGAGGGAGGAGGAACGAUACAGAGAACUGGAAGAGCUUCAAAGACAAAAAGAAGAGGCCAUGCGGAGGAAGAAGCAGCAAGAGGAAGAAGAAAGCACAAACCAGACUAAAGUGUUGGGUAAGAACAAAUCCCGGCCAAAAGUCUCAUUCGCGCUUAGUUUGAAAUGAUUUUGGUAACCUGGGAUUCAAUUUCGUGUUGUUUAUUUACAUUUGUCAAGUUGCUCGGUGUAAUUUGAAGAAAAUUACAGUUUUUGGUGGCAUAGGUUUUUGUUUUUUUGGUGUGGUCCAGUCAAAUGUUGCACAUAUCUUUCUGGUGUAAUUUAUCAGUGUAAGCAUGAAGUUUAAGUGCUUGUUUUUGGUAUCAGUUGAAUACCUAAUGCCCUGGUGCUUCUUGUGUUUAA